AAGUUGCGUCUGUUCCACUUCCUGUUUGAGAUGCUGGAGACCCCGGACAUGGCGCACUGCGUCUCCUGGGUUCCAUCGUCGUCAUCGGCAACGGGGUCAUCGGGGUCAUCAGGCGUCUUCUGCUUCUCAUCACAGCACAAGGAGACGGUUGCUAGGCUGUGGGGUCACCGCAAGGGUAACCGGCGACCAAUGACGUACCAGAAGAUGUCGCGCGCCCUCCGCAACUACAGCCAAUCAGGAGAGAUCCUGAAGGUCAAGAGGAAGCUGACCUACCGCUUCAGCUACGACACGCUGCGGACACUUGGCGUGCACAGACAUUUUGGGAACUUCCGCAAGCCUUAG